AUGUCUUAUGGUGAAAGGCCAAGGCUGCUUGUUGUAGCUAACCGGCUUCCGGUUUCUUCAAAGAAAACAGGGGAAAACUCUUGGUCUAUGGAAAUGAGUCCUGGUGGUAAAUUUAAUCUUCUAGUUGAAAAAACUGCACUCUCUAAAUCUCUUGCUCAAAUGAAUUGUAUCCCUGUGUUCCUUAAUGAGGUUUUUGAUCAAUAUUACAAUGGUUAUAGCAACGGCAUAAUAUGGCCAAUUCUUCAUCACAUGGGACUUCCAAUAGAAUGUCAUCAUGACGAAAACAAGACGUUCCAAACACAAUAUGAUGCAUACAAGAAAGCAAAUCGAAUGUUUCUUGAUGUCGUAAUCGAGAACUAUGAAGAAGGAGAUACUAUUUGGUGCCAAGAUUAUCAUCUCAUGUUUCUUCCUCAAUACCUUAAAGAAUACAACAACAAGAUCAAAGUUGGGUGGUUUCUCCAUUCACCAUUUCCUUCUUCAGAGGUCUACAAAACAUUGCCCUCGCGAUCAGAGCUUCUUCGUUCUGUUCUUAGAGCUGAUUUACUUGGUUUCCAUACGUACGAUUUUGCAAGACAUUUCGUGAGUACAUGCACUCAAAUUCUUGGCGUUGAAGGCACAGAUGAAGGGGUUGUGGAUCAAGGCAGACUCACUCGUGUAGUUGUUCUUCCCAUGGGAAUAGAUCCUGACCGGUUUAUAAGCACAUGUAAGCUUCCUGAAGUCAUACAACAGAUGAAUGAGCUUAAAGAGAAAUUUUUUGGCAAAAAGGUGAUAUUAGGUGUUGAUCGUCUUGAUAUGAUCAAAGGGAUUCCACAAAAGUAUCUUGGAUUUGAGAAGUUUCUUGAAGAAAAUCCAGAUUGGCGCAAUAAAGUUGUCCUGGUGCAAAUUGCUGUGCCAACAAGAGAUGCUGUCCCUGAAUAUCAGAAGGUCAGAGACCAAGUUCAUGGACUCGUUGGACGCAUUAAUGGUCGUUUUGGUUCUAUAUCUUCUCUUCCAGUUCAUCACAUGGAUUGUUCUGUUCCCUCCAAUUACUUAUGUGCACUUUACGCGACUGCUGAUGUAUUGCUUGUAACGUCUUUGAGAGAUGGACUGAAUCUCGUUAGUCAUGAGUUUGUUGCUUGCCAAGAGAGCAAAAAGGGGGUUCUUAUUCUCAGUGAGUUUGCAGGUGCUGGACAGUCACUUGGUGCUGGAGCUAUUCUUGUGAAUCCUUGGAAUGUUACAGAAGUUUCUUCUGCCAUUAAAGAAGCUCUAACUAUGCCGGCCGAAGAAAGGGAAGAAAGACACAGAGUUAAUUUUCAGUAUGUGAUAACUAAUUCUGCUGAAAAAUGGGGAGGUGAUUUCUUGAGUGAACUCAAUGACGCUUUUGCUGAAUCCGAGAUGAAAAUUAGGAGUACCCCACAUGAACUUCCACAACGAGAUAUGAUACAACGAUAUUCACAGUCUAACCAUAGACUGAUAAUCUUGGGUUUUUGUGGAACACUCACUGAGCCAAUGAAUACUCAAAAUGAGGAGCUGAAUCUUAAACUAAACCCAAAGCUAAAAGGAACAUUGAAAGCAUUAUGCAAUGAUCCAAAAACAACAGUAGUUGUAUUGAGUAGAAGUGGCAGAAACAUAUUAGAUAAGGUCUUUGGAGAGUAUAAGAUAUGGCUGGCUGCAGAAAAUGGAAUGCUCUUGAGGGAUCCCACUGGAGAAUGGGUGACAAAUAUGCCUGAAAACAUGAAUCUCGACUGGGUCAACGGUGUAAAGAAUGUUUUUAAGUACUUCACUGACCGAACUCCAAGAUCCUUCUUCGAAGCAAACGAGACUUCUCUAGUAUGGAAUCACGAAUAUGCAGGCGUUAAGUUUGGGAAAACACAAGCGAGAGACAUGUUACAGCACUUAUGGGCAGGACCAAUCUCUAAGGCAUCAGUUGAUGUUGUUCGAGGAAACCAUUCUGUUGAAGUCCAUGCAAUGAGUGAGACGAAGGGAGCAGCAAUUGGUCGUAUUUUGGGAGAAAUGAUGCAUAAAAUAUCAAUGACCACACCCAUUGAUUAUGUCUUUUGCAGUGGUUACUUGUUGGAGAAGGACGAAGAUAUUUACACUUUCUUCGAAUCAGAAAUUGUGCCUUCCAAGUUAUCUCAUGAAACUAGGUCGAAGUCUUCUUCCAGUAAUAUUAUGAAGAAUCAGAUUUCACCGAAUGUUCUUGACCUCAAAAAAGAGAAUUACUUCUCUGUAGCCAUCGGACAAACUCGCUCAAAAGCUCGCUAUGUCAUUGACUCAACUCAAGAUGUAGUGGAUUUGCUCCACAAGCUUGCAAUUGCAGAUACAACAACAAUGGCUAACACAGUUUCUAAUAGUGAAUUACAUCAGAGACUCGCAAUGGAAACGCGAAUUUGAAACACUCCAAGAAGAGAAACUCUAAUCGUUUCGUCCAAGUCUUUUGUUUAAUUAUUUUG